AUGUCGAAGGUGUUUAUAGCCCUGAGAGAGCCAUCUCACGGGAACAUCGCCAAUGAGAACGCGGUACCUUUUCCGUGUAUAGAAGAUGAUUUGGGCUUUGACUCCGACAGCUUGAAUACCUGGAAACGUCUGCUACAGAGAAUCCCCGGACAAACCCGUUUACAACAACCCGAACCCAGCGUUAGGAGGGGUGUCGAGCGCAGUGGAUCGAGAAGGACUCACAUCGGCUUUAACGAAGACACGGGGAUAGCUGCACUGUUCGCAAAGGCGAGGGGAGACGAUCAGUUUCGAAAUCAGCGUGGGAGUUUAGGGCAAUCUGAUUCGAUGGUGUGGCAAGCCCCAGCACCGUUUUCUACUCUGACUUAUAUCGGAGACAUGAAGCCGCGGAGAGAGGGGGCGUGCUUGGGUCUGGUGAUUCACUUCACUAUCGACAGCAAAGUCUUGGCAUUGCCUCGGUCCGCUGGCGGCGAACAGUCAAAACUUCUCUGGCGCACCCCGCCAACCUUCUCCUCACCACCAAUCUCGACUCGCUUCUGCAUCACCAUCGUUGGCCUAGCUCAUCUUGUAGCAGUUUUCCUGUGUACUUGGUAUCUUUGCUUCGAUCAGCAGACAUCGACUCGAGACUCUACCCGCGCCUGUUCUCCUGUAUACUUGAUAUCUUCGCUUCGAUCAGAAGACAUCGACUCGAGACUCUCCCUGCGCCUUGUCCGCGCCACCAUCCAUUGCAGUGCACGUCUCCGCCGCCGACACUGCAUCGCCACGAACAUGGCUACUCACAACCUUCUCCAAGCAGGUUGGGACACCUUCUGUGUCAAGCUCGUUGCCGUUCUCCAAGUCUACAUGGAGAUGAUCAAACGCGCCGGCCUUGCAAUGAUGUGGUACAACCCGCCGCUCAUAUAUCCCACCAUCUCCGGCUACGAAACCUCGAAUGCUGGCAAGUCCGCGAAUGAUACUCAUCCCGAACAUACUAUCUUCGAACACACAGCUGGCUUUAAUCAGUCUCAUAUAUCGGCAUUCGCAGAGCCUUCGGCGACUCCCAGGAUCUCUUCACCUUUCUUCACUAUCAUUCUCGUUGUCGGGCUUGUAGUUGCUGCCACGAUCACUGGUUUCUGCUACUGCAUCUCUUCGAGGCGAAGCUUGCAUCGCGCUCUAUACCAUGAAAACCUCGUAGAUGCCGCCACUUCCGAGCUGGGCGUCAAGCAUGUGCAGACUCAAACCGACGAAUCUUUCACCGAUGCUGGGAACCUGGACAAGUACUCGGAAGAGCGGGUAAACGAGAUGAUGGGCAACCUGAUUGCAAGUAUACAAACUGGCGAGCAAGGUUUGGAUGAGCGCAUCCGGGAGGUUAUGCGAAGGGAAAUCACAGUACUUUCUGCUCAACACCGGACUGAAGUUGCGGCGCUAAAGGGCAGGAUAUCCUCACUUUCAAAGUUAAUCUCCGAUGCGCAAAAGAACCAGCCGCUUUCCGAGGAAGAAAUCAAGGAGCUUGCUGCGGAAAGCGCAACGUCAACUUUCGUGCAGCUUAUCGAGGACAAUGUCUUCGCCCAGUCUCGCCGCGACGAGCCCCCAGCGGUUCCCCCCCAGGACGAUUCGGGCGUAGAGGAGCUCAAUAAAGAGGUCAAAAAACUCAGGGAAGAACUCAGAAUCGUCAAGAGCGUGUAUUUGAAGAAGACUGAGAUAGCGCUGGACCACCCCGUUUUGAAAGACCUAGAGAAGCAGCUUAGGAAAAGGUUGAGCAGCAAGACUUCUGUCGAUAUCUUGCGUAUCGAUCUUGACAAAAGUGAAAGGGAAGUCGGCAAAUUGAAGAGUCAUAUUCUCGGACUGGAAGCUAAUAUGAGCUCGCUGAUGGAUCACAUUGGCUUCAGGCCUAACGCACGUGACGAGGAGACUUCUGUAGUCACUCGUCCAGGCCUCCAAGUAUCUCAACCUCAAACGGAGUUGACGCAGCACGAAGAUCCAAUCACUAGCUCAGGAUCUGUUGUCGAUCAAAAGGCCGCACUUCCUGAGGAAUCUACCGACACUACAGUUCCCCCGCCCAACGCAGGUACCGGCGAAUCUGAUUUCAAGCCUCCAUCAGACUCGUCGAGGUUUCACUUCAAACUUGACGACCUUGAGCACAAUGGCUCGGAUGGAGACGAUUCGGACGAUUCUGAUGACUCUGAUGACGAGCCUGAUAGCGGUGCCGGAGCGAUCAACACUAGACAGCGCUCCGGAAAUUCCAUAGCUACUUCCCUUCCAGGACCUGUGCUAUCCGAUCAGACAGAGGAUGCAAACGUCGACAUCGAAGCUCUGCUGAAGGAUUUCGACGGCAAGCUUCAAAUCAGGAACUCUGUUUCCAAAGAUGUUGUCAAGCAGACAGAUCUCACCUUGGCGUCGAGCUCUGCUGCCGCUACUGUUGCACCGCCAGAGGGUCCUCACGCCUCUAUUCCAUCCUCCACCUCGCCCCCACCACCAGACCGUGAUUCAAGCGGGCCUCCCACCCAGGUCGUUGAGGAUCAGGCACAAUCUCCUCCCGUUCUUGACACUCCUGUCACAGCUAUCGCAUCGUCAGAGCGUCCUCGAUCACCUGUCGCAGCGCCUGCCGCAUCACCAUCCCCAAGGCCUGAUACAAGCGACGCUAGCAAGCACCUUGCCGAAGAGCAUCCAGAUCACUCAUUGGUCUCUACAUCUGCUGCUACUACCAUCGCAGUGUUAGAAGGAGCUCCUACAGCUCUCUCCUCCCCCGCCACACCACCGCCUCCAGGACCCGUUUUCCAGCCCGGUGACUUUCAGCCAAGCAUAUUCGACCCGAAUAGCUUUAACUUCGCCGGAACGAUUCCGUCUUCCGGAAGGGCCUGGCAAGCUCCAGCGACGGUCGUGCCUCAGCAGCCGACACAGCAAAUGAGCUCCAGCUUCGGGUUCGGUCUUCCAGGGGCCGACUUUACUUUCGGUCCUGGCCCUGUCGCACCGCCGAUGCUUCUCGCGUCCCCUAUUGUCCCUCCAUCUGCUCCCAUUUUCCAGCGGAAUGAUGCCUCCAGAAUGACCUCAAUCGAUCCUUGGAAUGACGCAUCCAGAGACGAUUUCGAGAUGGGCGAGAGUGCAGAUGUUCCCGUAGGCGAAUAUCAGCCUCAGGCUAGGAUGCGUACGCCACAGGCUCCUCGAUCAGAACCUCAACCGCUGGCAGCUGCAACACCUGAAGCGAGUUUGAGGGCACCUUCGGCGGCUUUUGAUUUUAGCUCAGAUCUGGACAUGGGCGAAGGUUGGGAGCCAGUGACGCCCAACGGAGGCCAGGGAACCGUCGAUGACUCGUCGAUUGACCCGAGUUUAGAAGCUCUCUGCCCACGAGUUGGGUCUGGCGGACUGGCGCCAAUGGCGCCUCCACCUGCUCCAGCGGCGAUCAAUCCUCAGGCAGAUUUGGACAUGUCCGACUCAGCAGAUGCGACACCAGCCGCAGAUCAAGGCCAAGAGGUUGCUGGCUCGCAGACUGCAUCACAAGCGACUUCUGUUUUCCAGUCAGCUGCGACUGUUGGAGUGACACCAGCCAUAUCUGCAAGCGAGCAAGCAUACUAUGCUCACUUAACGAAUCUGAACGCGAGUUCUAGCUCGGCACAGUCCACCAGCAAUAUCCAGCCUCUUCAGACGUCGAAUGGCGCCCAGACUCCACAUCAGACACAUUUCACCACUCUCGUGCUCCAUCCACGACUGAUCCCGAGGCACAUCGACGGCUUGUCGACGCAGCCAGGCCGCCCCCCGCCUCCGCCUGAUUUCCGGCCUGCGGACCAGCUUGGUGACCUUCCCGAGCGCCAGGAAGUCCUGCCGCGCCUUCUGCUUGCCUACCACUAUGACAACCAGGCAUUCCCACGCAACGGCGCCCCGAGGCUCUCCGACUCAGCGCUCAUCCAAUUCACGCGGGCUAGGGAGAUGCGGUUCUAUUGGCAACAAGUCACGCCCGAACUGUACCUUAGCCGCAUCGACCGCGAGAUCACCGAGCACGCCGGCAACGAGGCCCGAUGGCACGAGGCGGUGGACGCUCUCCUCUACCCGCUGCUUCUGAGGCCCGUGGCGUGGGAUCACGUUCCCGACAUGCAGCAAUUCCGCCGCCCCAACUCGCCAUGGCUUGUUGAGCCGGUGCGACGAGCCGCGCUCUUCGAGAUCUAUGAUGUGUUUCGUCGCAAUAACCAACACGAUAUGGACCAGGGAGAGCCGGGGUACACUGACGCCGAGUUGGUGUCUUUCAGCGUCUUCAGGGAACAGCAGGCCUUUAAGGCCUGGCUGAAGCAGCGCCCGGAGUCGCAGACGAAUGACACGAAGCAGCAGGAGGACGAAGACGCGGAGGCUGCGAGGCAGCUCCAGGAACUCGAGCUGGCGAAGCACGAGCGAAGCAAGGCGGACGCUGAGAAGAAGUGGAAGGCCGUCAUCAAGACCGGACAAACCGAGGGGCAUAUUUCCCAGGGUCUGUAUGUGCAGUACGCGGAGCAGGCGGCUGCGGUUGCGGCGCGUGAGGGUCGCGCGCGGUGGUCGGAGGUCGAUGAUGAUACUCAGCCGGCUACGAGCUUUACUUCUUCCCAGCUCGGUGCCACGCUAGACCGACGGCAAGAGCGCGAUGCUGAGAUGGCUGCUCGGAGGCGAGAGCGGCGGGAAACUGAGGCGCAAGGCGAGCCCAGCAAUAAAAAGCGCGGGGACGCCAACGCCGACGAGGCAAACGAGGAGUCCGAUUGA